GAGCGGUGCCAGUCCAUGUACUGCUCAAACCAUGUUGAUUCGAUCCAUCACACGUGCGAGGUGAGGUGCAUGUCCCACGAGGUCGAUGAUGAUGAGGAGACAGAAGCGCACAGGGAGGUUGAGGCUCUCCUUACCCAAGUGAAUGCGUAUCAGCUUUUGCAAGUUGCCAGUUCUCUCCACCACGGUAAACGUUGCAUGUUUUGUUCUGGAAAUUAUGUCGGUGGUUCAAUUAUGGGCACUUCGAAUUACCAUGUUUGGAUUCUCUUUGAAGACAGAGUCGUAUGGCUCGCUCGAAUACCUCGGAACGCAACCUCUGCAGAUACUCCCUCCGACCUUGCCGAGUACAUAGUCGAGAGCGAGUACGCUACGCUCAAAUGGUUGGAGGGUCUCAGAUUUCCUACCCCAAGAGUUCAUGGGUAUGGACUCGCUUCUGAUCCUGACAACCUAGUCGGGGUGAGCUAUAUCCUCGAAGAUGCCAUGCCAGGACAGCCAUUCAACCCUCGACUAGCCACCGACGAACAAAAGACACAUGUCUAUAACCAAUACGCUAGAAUUCUCAUCGAGAUUAGCCGUCAUCCUCGAACGCAAGCCUUCUCCCUCGUCCCACGCGACGGAAUGAUCAGACAUGGACCCAUCGCGAGCAAUCGGGACCGUACACUUGAAAAACAUGGACCUUUCCACACAUCUCAAGACUAUUUUACCUCGAUCGCAGAGUACCAUCUACAUUUAAUUGCAGACGGACAGCUCUACCCAGAAUAUCCCAAAGAGGCAUUUGUGUUUUACCGGAUGCUGAGAGAUCGGGCUGCUCCCAUCUUGGCAACCCCCCCUUCGCGCAUUGGUGGGUUCUACUUGAAGCACGCUGGCGAUAUCGGGGAUCAUCUACUUGUCGACAAGAACUACAACAUCACUGCCGUCAUUAACUGGCAGCAUGCGCGCUUUGUUCCACCGCGCGAGGCGUUUGGACCUUCUUUGUUCACGGCCAACCUUAGGAACCUGCAUAGAGGGGUUGCAGGUCUUUGUGUAGAUGACAAGCUUCUCUCCACGUGCCUGAGGCGUCAGGGUAGAGCAGAUCUUGCAGACUUGGCGACAGGAAGUGAGCUUACUCGUCGGUUCCAUCUUGGUCUCUCUUCUGGGCUUGGAAAGCCUGAGAUCUCACAGUUGAUCAGAGCUGUGCUCUGCUUGCUGGACGGCCGCGACGCACCGAGAUCGGGGGUUAGAGCUUGGGUGGAGCAGGAGUGGGCCUGCGCUGUUGGAGAUCCGUGGCGGGAAAAGACGAUGAAGCUGGUUCAGGAUAUUGAGAGAGCGAAGCUUGAAAAGGCAUAAUCCGACAUGCCUUGCUAUUCAGAUUGACCUUGAUGUAGUCUGCAACCGUUGAUAGACUCUCAGACUGCAGUACGAAUAUUGUUAGUGCUGUCGGCUGCCAAAUUGAGGACAUGAC